GCUGUUUCCUGUUUGAGAGUUCUGUGAUCGGGUCCUGAAUGGGAGCCCGUGCAGGGCCGUACUGGAGACCCCGCGCUGCCUGCACCUCUAUCGUCUCGGUUGACAUGGAUGAUGAAGACGGCAGGUGCUUGCUAGAUGUAAUUUGUGACCCUGAAGCACUCAAUGAUUUCCUCCAUGGAUCAGAAACACAUCUGGACACUGACGACCUUUUGGAUGGCUCGAGUGACCCGUCCAGCUCGUUCUUCUCCAACGCUGGGGGCCAUGUUUCCGAAGUCCAACCUCCCACUCAGAUAUCGGCCGGUGAGCCACCAGGGCUCCCGAGAGUCAGCGUGGACUUGGAUUUCUUGGAGGAUGACAUUUUGGGAGGGUCCCCUGGUGGGGCCACUGGGGAGGAUGGUGGAAGCAAUGGUGUUGGGUCCAAUCAUGAGCCUUGUGACAUCCUCCAGCAGAGUCUUGCUGAAGCCAACAUCACUGAACAGAGCCUUCAGGAAGCAGAGGCUGAGCUGGACCUCAGCUCCUUUGGGCUCUCAGGCCUAACACAAGUGGUCCAGCCCCUGCCGGACCCCAGCUUGUCAGGUGCUGGGGGUACAGCUGUUGGUAUUGGCGUUGGAGUUGGUGGGGCAACCCAGAUUUUUUCUGGCCCUGCCUCGGGCCCCUCUACUGGACCCACCAAUGCCACACCAGACAUGCUUGGGUCAGUACUGGCCCACCCAGGUAUUCAACUUCAACAACAAGUUAUGAAUAAGGCAAUCAGUGUCCAGCCUUUUAUGCCACAAGUAGGCCUGGGAAAUGUGACACUUCAGCCCAUCUCUAGCAUCCAGGCUCUUCCCAAUGGGAAUCAGUCAGGCCAUUUAGGCUUAGGGCCGAUUCAAGUAGUUGGCCAGCCCACUGUAAUGACUAUUAAUCAGUCUGGACAGCAGAUUUUGACUAAAGCCAUGGGUGGCUAUCAGCUGCAUCAGCCAGGCCAGGAGGGUGCAGCUGCUGGAACCCAAGCCGGUCUUGGAGGCUCUGUUUUGAGUUCUGGUGGAGGACUGUUGAUUCAAGGAGGCAAGGCCAACAUUGGGCCCUCAACUUUGAAUGGGCCAGCUGUAUGUGUGAGUAGUACAAACACCAACAGCAGUGGUAGCACCAUGACUGCACAGAGUGGGCUUGUAGGCUUUGGAGCUCAGCCCCCAGCUCAACCACAAGGUCAAAUCAUGCAAAAUGUCAUCAUCCAGAGGACACCAACACCUAUACAACCCAAACCGCCGCAAGCAACCAUUCAGCCCAAACUGUUCAAACAGCAGCAGCAGCAUCCUGUCCCCCACACAUUACAAAAUGAUGCCAGCAAAGCUGUAGGUGUGCAAUCUGUUCCUGUGUCAGCGCCGAAUGUGACCUUUUUGACUGGCAAGCCUGGCUCAAAUGUGGUUCUGAACACAUCACAGGGCGGGCAGUUUUCCCAAGCGCUCUUCAAGCAACAGGCAGCCCAGGCAUCAGGCAAACCCCUUAGUGUCCAACUCCUCAACCAGUCUGGUAGUAUUGUAAUUCCGGGCCUUCAGGGCCAGAAUCACCAGUUCCUCUUACCCCAGCUGCAGGCUGGGGGACAGAUCUUAACCCAACAUCCCGGAGGCAUUAUUACCAGUCAAGGGCCCGGAGGCCAGAUCAUUGCCAACCAGAUUCUGACGAACCAGAACAUCAACCUUAGCCAGGUCUUGGCAUCGCAGGGUCACCCAGGAGCCCACAUCCUUUCUGGUCCCAUCCAGUUGCAGCCUGGUCAGAUGGGUCAUCCAACCCUCUUCCAGAUGCCUGUAUCGCUGGCACAGACCCAGACCCAAGCACAUCCCGUUACUGGACAUGCCCAGACAGUCAUCCAUCCCAUCCAGAACUCGCUGGCCAUGUUGAGCCAGGUGGACGGAGUGAGCCCGGCCGUCAGCUUGCAGCCCACUCUACAGCAGCAAGGCGGCAACACUAGUGGAGCAGUCGCCAUGGCUCCCUGCCAGCCAGGGGAGAGUGUGACGGUGCUGGGCAGCACCCCAGACCAAGGUGGCCACCCUGCACAAGCCCAGGCGCAACCCUCGAUCCUCACCGUGCAGACUGCUCUGCCGGUCUCGGUGGCCUCCUCCGUGGCCUCCUCAUCUCCGUCCUCUACUGUGGUGACCUCGUCUGCGCCCAUAGCGACUGUUCCGCUGACGGCUCCGUCAGCACAGCACAGCCCGGGAAAGGUGCUGCUCACGCCCCAGGGCUCCGGAAUGAUCCUCAGCCAGGAGUCUCUGAUGUUCCUGCAACAGGACCAACAGCACCAGACAGAAAAAGAUCCAUCUCUCCCCUCUGUGGGCGUACCUGCAUCUGUUAUCGUCAGCGGCAACUUUGCUGGUCUCACCCCCUCGGGCCAAGAUGGCCCAUUAGCUGAGCCCCUCCCGGGUCAGAGUCCCAGCCCGUCCCCGGGCGCCUCCCACAUGGCAGCAGUGGUCACAAAGGUCUCUACGGCAGGACCCCAGCAGCCACUGAGGAUCCAGACUGCAUCCCCCUCCCAGCCUGUGAUGGCUGCCAGUGCAGUCUCCCACUCUAUGGCUGAUAGCCCUCAGCAGUCCCAGCCCUCUCCCCUCACUGUGGGCCAGCGCAUCCAGUCUCCUCUCCCGCAGCAGCCGCAGCCCGCUCCCCAAGCGCAGACCCCGACGCCCUCCCGCUCCUGCACCCCUUCAUCCAUGCCCUCGCUCUUCAUUAUCCACAAUAACCAGCUCGGAGGCUCCCCUCAACCUGCACAGCCCAUUCCUCAGAUGCUGCAGCAGCAACAGCAGCAGCAGCAGCCGCCUCAUCAGAUACAGACACAAAUCCAGGUGCCACUCCAGGCCCAAACGUCUCGGCCUCCGUCCCAACCCGCCCCCAUCCAGCCGGAGGUGCCGCCGCCCUCGUGCUCCCCCAAGCCCCCGCAGUUCCACCCAGCACAGCUCCACUUUGCUCAGCCGGGGGUCACGGCCGCCACUCCUGCUGGGAUGUUGAAGCAGCAGGUCCAGAUUUCCCAGCUGCUGGGCCUGACGCCGGAACAGCAGCACAACUUGCAGUUGAUCAGUACACAGCUCCAGACCCUCUCAGCCAUCGCUCAGCCUUCCCCUCAACAGAAGCAGCUAAGGGACAAACUGCAGCAGGUCCAGCAGAGCAUCAUCAUUCAGGCCAAGCAGCAGCAGCAGCAGCAACAACAGCAACAGCAGCAGCAGGCACAGGCUGCCCAGGCUCCAGUGGCUGGUCAGUUCAACAAACUGCCGGAGCCACCCGCCACUCAGGUUAUUACGUCAUCUGCCAUCACUUGCCCGUCUAUCACGGUUCCAUCCAUGAUGCAGCAGAAGUCCGUGCUGGUGAAGCCUUCAGCUACAGGCUUGAGUGAUGCACAGGUAUUUCCUGGAGUGGUUGGAGCCAGUGUUAACCAGGCAAUUGCGCCACCGAGCCUUAACCAACCGGUACAGGCGAAGCAGGGAGUCAUCAGUGCUGUGGGAGGGCUUCCGGUGCUUAACCCAGCUCUGUCCCAGAUGCCUGUGGCCCAACCUGCUGGUCCCGGACCUGUCCAAACCCAGCAAACUUCAACUAUGAAAAUGCCUUUCCUCAUGGAACCCAGCAAGGAAGCCAGGAUGCUGGAACAGCUGAGGAAGCAGCAGGGGUCAGUCCUGCAUCCCGACUACAGCUCUCCAUUCCGCUCACUUGAGGACAGCUUGCACAGACUUUUGCCCUAUCAUCUUUACCAGGGCACAGCCUCCUCUCACCAGGACUAUCAGAAAGUGGACAGUGAGUUUGAAAGCGUCUCCUGCCAGCUUCUGAAGAGGACUCAGACCAUGCUGGAUAAAUAUCGUCACUUGCUGUUUGAGGAAUCCAAGGUAAGAUUGGGUCCCUCUGCAGAGAUGGUCAUGAUUGAUCGCAUGUUCAUUCAGGAGGAGAAGAUUGCUUUGAGCCAGGACAGGAUACUGGCAAGAGAGAGACCAGAAGAGUUCGUGGCCAACUCUUGCCUGUUGGACAGUGUCACUGUCAGUGCACAAAGGCCGGUGGCAGUUGAAGCCAGUUCAGUCAGGCCAGCCCCACCAGCCAUGGGCCCUGCCCCCCCUACCCCUGCCCCUGCUCCCGCUCCUGCCCCUGUCCCCAGUGUGCCCUCUGCUCCAGCACCCCCCUCCAUCCCCUACCCUCCAACCAAGCUGGUGAUCAAGCAAGGCGGCGGUGGGGCGUCUGUCUCCUGGUCGACCAGCUCUGUCGCUGCGCCUGCGCCUGCGCCGGCGCUACGGGUGGCCGCCGACUCCUCAGCAGCGCCCUCCUCCUUCAGUCGAACUCCGUCCGCCCCCUCCCGCCCCUCCCACCACAACAACGACGACGACGACGCUCUCCCUCAGCGGACUAGCAAGCCCCCCAUGAAAACGUACGAGGCCCGUCAGCGCAUCGGCCUGAAGCUCAAGAUCAAGCAAGAGGCCGGCUUGACCAAGGUGGUGCACAACACCGCACUGGACCCGGUCCACUCGCAGCCCCAGCACCACUCGCAGCCGCCCACCCCUGAGGUGCAGCCCCCAGCACCACCUCCGCCGCCGCCGCCACAGCCCAAAGCUCCCGCGGCGUUCCCCUCCACCACCGCAUCGGUCAUCAGGACUCCCGCUCCACCUCCCGCCACGUGCACCUCCACGGCCUCCUCCAGCAAUAGCACGGUCACCACGCAUUCAGGGCCCAGCCAGCAGGACGCGCCCCCUUCCUACCCCUGGUCUUCCUCGUCUUCGACUUCCUGUUCCGCCUCGCAGAUGAACGGCACGCUGGAGCACCGCGAGGUGCCCGGGCCCAAGUGCCCGCCGGUGUCCACGUCCACGUCCACGCCCUGCCGGCUGCCGCUGCGGAAGACCUACCGCGAGAACGUGAGCCCGCGCAUCCGGCCGGGCGUGCCGGGGGGCGGCUGUGAGGUGGCCCCCAAUCCGCCGGCGCUCGCCCCGACGCUACCUGCCUUCCCCCCGGCGGCGGCGGCGUCGUCGUCCUCGCCCUCUCCGCCCGCCCAGCUGCGCGCCUCGCCGCAGCCGGAGCGCACGGUGAUCGCCAGCGUCAAGCUGGAGCACCAGGGCGGCCGCGGGGGCCAGGAGCGGAGCGCGGGAGGAGGAGGAGGAGGAGGAGGAGGAGGAGGAGGCGGCGAGGCCGCCGGCCAGGGUGUCUCCCAGGCGCUCCGCUCCACACCGGGGCUCGCCGAGGUGGAGGACGUGUUCUACCGCGGAAUCAAAAACGCCUACCACCGGCACCACCGGCACCGGCCGCCCGAGCAGGCGGAGGCCGGCGAGGACGAGGUGGCGGCGGAGCGCGAUGCCGAGGGGGGGGCACUGCGGUCCAAACGGUUUGGCGGCAAGAACCGUGAGCGGCCCGGCGGCACGUUUCGAAUGGACCAGCACGCGCCCGGCCCUCCCUCCCCCUCUGACGCCUCGUCCUUCGCCAGAGACUCUUCGCUUCCUGCCAAACGCUGCAAGUCGGACUCCCCAGACAUGGACAAUGCCAGUUUCUCCAGCGGUAGCCCCCCGCCGGACGACUCUCUGAACGAGCACCUGCAGUGCGCCAUAGACAGCAUACUGAACCUGCAGCAGGGGCCCACGGGCCAUCCCAGCAGCAGGGGCGGCUCAGGCAGGCCCCCAGGGGGCUCCCACGGGCACCACCACCCGCACCCAUCCCAACGCACUGUCACCUCUUCCACCUCGUCAUACAGACCCUCCUCUUCCACGGCCUCCUCGUCCUCCUCCACGACUCAGCAGGUCGGAGGUCGAGGUCAGAACGGAAGCCUGGUGACUCAGACACACAACAGAUAACAGCACCCCAUCCACCCUAUAGGCGGGCUAGACUGAACCAAUAACAGCUGUUUUGAUAUUUUGAUGUUUUUUUUAAAUAAGGGAAUAGAACGGGCAAGCAUCGGUUCAGCUGUUUUUGAUAAAAGUUGAUAUGGAAAAAAAUGACACUCUUUAUUGUACAAGUGUCCACGUAAGUGUACUUCAAACACAGAGAAAGAAGUUCACUUUCAAUAAUGGAAUCAAGAAAAUAUACCCUUUUUUUUAACGUCUGGUUGCAGUAAGCAGGCUUUUAGGCCUGUUUGUUAAGCAACCCCCCCCCCCCACACACACACACACACACACACACACACACACCCUUAUACAGCACAACUCCGCACAGUGAGUCUCUUCCACAACAGAAUAGUUCUGACAAUAUCAGAGGGGUGUACAGGUUGACCCAAAAUCAGUGUGUCCCAUUUUCCAGUCUAAUUCUCACCAUUGUACUGUGGCUUCAUCAGUGUCGUUUAACAUAAUCACUCUUAUUUUGAAUGGAUGAAUGUAAUGUAAAUCAAUUAUUUUUUUUGUGUCUACAUGGACAUGCCAUCUCUCUCAGUCUCGAGAUGAGGUGCUGAAGGUUACAAGAGGGUUGAAAGCCUUCUCUAGAUCAUUUAAUGAAUUCUCCCAUUGAUGUCCAUUCUCUCAGAAAUGUUGUGUGAAAGGACAUUUUCAGCUUUGAUCAACAGUGACUGUAUUCUGAAUCGAAAUCAUAAUUUGCUCGGAAUUUCAAUCAGAUCCUAUACUAAAUGAGAUUUUCACUUGCAACAGUCAACCAUUACCGAAGCAAAUGACACUUCACUUUAACUUGAAUCCAUUCCAAUUUCAUUCAGACAAAAGCAGAGGAACUCAGUUCUCACAGUCAUGAGAGGGUUAAUUCUGAUAAAUAAUUGCUGAAAAGAAUAGCGUUAGACUUCUAAAUUGAAACAUGCCUUUCAAACAUGGGUAUGCCACAUAAUCCAGAAUGAUACAAUGAGUGAGGAACACAGAAUUGGUUUCCUAGGAAGAACUUCCAACACAAAAUUCAUGAAUUACUUACUGCGCAUCAAUUUUUGGGGGAUCUUAUGUAUUGCUGUGAGCAUUGACAAGGCCAUUUGCGAAAGCCCCGGAGUUGCCCUUACAAAGAAAUAUUUCUAUGUCUGUUGAUGGUUGACGUUCAAAAAGUUUAUAGACAUGGCAGAAGCAAUGACUUGGGAAGAACAAUAAUAAUGUAAAAAAAUACAAAUGUAAGAAUUUGAAGUAUAGUACUACAGAUUAAUUUUGUAUUGUAUUUAUUGUGUAUAAUGAUGCUUUUUUUAAAGAAAAGGAACUGUACAUUUAGUAAAACUGUAAAUUAAACCUGGCUUUUAUGAAA